AUGGUCGCUUUUGAAUCCACUCCACCACUAGCCCAACACUACACCAAAAUAGUACAUGAUCGGGUGCAUCAAAAAAUAUCAUGCGACCAAAAUUCGCGAAUUGAUGACGGAUGCCAAGAACUACCGGUAAUUGACCUCGCGGGUCUGAUGGGCGACGACGAGGAUGCUAGGGUCAAAUGUGCGUCCCAAAUCGCGGCCGCUUCGUCAGAAUGGGGGUUCUUCCAAAUAGUCAACCAUGGGGUCAACCCGGACCUCAUAAAACAAUUGAGAAAAGAGCAAAUCGAGCUUUUCAAGACUCCUUUCUCAAGAAAGUCAAGUUGUGGACUUCUCAACAACUCGUACCGUUGGGGGUCCCCCUCGGCCACCACCCCCGACAACUUCUCGUGGUCCGAGGCGUUCCACAUCCCCCUAAUCAAGAUCUCCGACCAAUCUUGCUACGGCGAGUUCACCUCUCUAAGGGAAGUGCUGAUCGGAUACGCGGCCGCAAUGCAGAAACUGGCCAAACUGCUAGCCGAGGUGCUGAUCAAGAAUCUAGGGCAAAAAUUGGGAGAUUUUGAGGAGACGAUCAAAUGCGACGAGACCACAUGUUUUCUUCGAUUGAACCGUUACCCGGCAUGUCCUUUAUCCGCAGAAAUCUUCGGUUUGGUGCCACACACAGAUAGUGAUUUCCUCACAAUAUUAAAUCAAGAUGAAGUUGGAGGGCUUCAACUCAUCAAAGACUCCAAAUGGGUCGCUGUCAAACCCAACAAAGAUGCACUCAUUGUCAACAUUGGUGAUCUUUUUCAGGCUUGGAGUAACAAUUUGUAUAAGAGUGUGGAGCAUAAAGUGAUGGCCAAUCCUAACGUAGAGAGAUUCUCAGUGGCCUACUUUCUUUGCCCUUCUUAUGAGUCAUUGAUCAAGAGUUGCAAACAGCCAUCUCUUUAUACUAAUUUCACCUUUGCAGAGUAUAGAGCCAAAGUGCAGGAAGAUGCGAGAUUAUUUGGUCGAAAAUUCGGCCUAUCUAGGUUUCUACGAUCAUAA